CGAGUCUCUCCAUCUUUGUAGUAGUCAAAGUGUGGGGAGAUGGCCGGGCUUUCUUCCCGCCGACGCACCGUCAUCAGCGACGACUAAGCAAACCGUUUACCACCACCACUAACUAUUGAUGCACAGCUAAAACAUCCCACCGCCCAAAAAGCACAUACCACCACCACUUCAACAUCACCAUCCUCCCGCUGUAUAUGUAAUCACGGCCACGGUUCUACACGCAAUUUGUCUUGUUUCAUUGCAUAGCGAGCCCUCGACUUUGCACCGCUCACGCACCGUUAAUCACGAACGUCUUCGCCCUGCGCCCAUGUGAACUGAACUGAACCACCUUGAUCCCGAUCAUGUUGGUACAACCACCGAGUUCACCUCCAGACACCAUCCUUGACAGGAGCCGAACCCAACACCUUCACCCUUAAUGACACCGACGAUCACCUACGAUUCUCAAGUUUCCACGAUAAUACACAUUCAGUGACCCACCCACCAGCCACAUCACUACGUCCCGUCGGCAUCUGCAGCAACGACCACCACGUCCCAAUAUGCCUGGGCUACCUUGUAAGCGCCGCGCCGAACCGAAAGGCUUCCCAGUCUGACCUAUCCUCCCCAGCAUCCGUCGAUCUCGACGAGUGCAUCUCGCGCUUGUACAACAAGGAGUUACUAGCCGAGUCUGUCAUUGAAGCAGUCUGCGCCAAGACGAAAGAACUUCUUAUGCGCGAGUCCAACGUCGUCCAUGUUAAAGCGCCCAUCACCGUCGUAGGAGAUAUCCACGGCCAGUUCUUUGACCUCAUCGAGAUUUUCCGCAUCGGCGGCUACUGCCCCGACACAAACUAUUUGUUUCUUGGUAAUCGCCCGCAGAGUCAGACAUCGACCAUGUGAAUAAUAUUUGCUGACCUCGGCGGGGUACAACAGGAGACUACGUUGAUCGUGGCAUGUUCAGUGUCGAAACAAUAUCGCUACUCGUUUGCUUGAAACUACGGUACCCUAAUCGCGUACAUCUCAUUCGAGGAAACCAUGAGUCGCGCGGUGUGACACAGUCGUAUGGCUUCUAUACAGAGUGCUCACGCAAAUAUGGUAAUGCCAAUGUGUGGCACUACUUUACAGACAUGUUCGACUUUUUAACUUUGAGCGUUGUGAUCAACGACCAAAUAUUUUGCGUUCACGGAGGCCUUUCCCCUUCUAUCCAUUCAAUCGACCAGAUCAAAAUCAUAGACCGUUUUCGUGAGAUCCCCCAUGAAGGUCCCAUGGCCGAUCUCGUCUGGUCUGAUCCUGACCCUGAGCGCGACGAGUUCUCCCUUUCACCCCGCGGCGCGGGGUACACUUUUGGAGCACAGGUUGUUAAGAAAUUUCUGGCUGUCAACAAUAUGUCGCAUAUCCUCCGCGCCCACCAGCUCUGCCAGGAGGGCUUCCAGGUCCUUUACGAUGACCGUCUCAGCACUGUCUGGAGUGCGCCCAACUACUGCUACCGUUGCGGAAACAUGGCCAGUGUUCUUGAAGUGAGUGACACGGGCGAGCGUUUCUUCAACGUUUUUGCGGCCGCGCCCGAGAACGAUGUUCACAAGGACCUCCAACCCGGAAACGAAAAGUCUGCCGACGGUAAUGCAUUGCCAGACUACUUCUUAUAGACGAAUUUUGUUACGAAUACACACCUACAAUGCCCUGGAGCUUCAAAGCUCGGGCUUCACGAUAUUCCGCAUCAAUGAUACCAUGUCUUGAAAGCAAGCAUUCACGUAUUGCAACAGACAAUAGACCUGCAUUGCAUAGCAUAGACUUUGAUGUAUAUAAGGAUUUUUAUUCUCCUCCAGCAUUGAAGCUCCAAACCGAGCUCAAGUACUGUCUCGUCAGUGACGAGUAGAUGAUACGAAACAGAGCAACCACCUUUCUCCGGCCCAAAUUGGGGGGGUUUCUUUUGCUUUUAUGUGAGUUUUUUGUGUGAAAAUUCUUCUCCAAUGUUCAGGU